GGAAAGGCGGGGCGGACGCCGGUUUCCCGCGGUCUGAGGUGGCGCGGGAGGAGAAUUGCUCUUAAAGGGCCAGCGUACGCUCGUCCUUUUGUUCCGGGGCCGCAGGGCGGGGCAGGCCCAACUUUCGUUGUCUCCCUGCCUACUCUCCAGAGCCGCCAUGAUCUCCCAGUUCUUCAUUCUUUCCUCCAAAGGGGACCCGCUCAUCUACAAGGAUUUCCGCGGGGACAGUGGUGGUCGGGAUGUGGCCGAGCUCUUCUACCGGAAGCUGACGGGACUGCCCGGAGAUGAGUCCCCGGUUGUCAUGCACCACGAUGACCGUCAUUUUAUUCACAUCAGACACAGCGGCCUCUAUUUGGUGGCCACGACUUCAGAGAACAUUUCUCCCUUCAGCCUCCUAGAGCUGCUCUCCCGGUUGGCCACUCUCCUGGGCGAUUACUGUGGCUCCUUGGGCGAGGGGACCAUCUCCCGCAACGUGGCUCUUGUCUAUGAGCUCCUGGAUGAAGUGCUGGACUAUGGCUACGUGCAGACCACAUCCACAGAGAUGCUGAGAAACUUCAUCCAGACAGAGGCUGUGGUCAGCAAGCCCUUCAGUCUCUUUGACCUCAGCAGUGUUGGCUUGUUUGGGGCUGAGACGCAGCAGAGCAAAGUGGCCCCCAGCAGUGCAGCCAGCCGCCCUGUCCUGUCCAGCCGCUCUGACCAGAGCCAAAAGAAUGAAGUGUUUUUGGAUGUGGUCGAGAGGCUGUCUGUACUGAUAGCAUCUAACGGCUCGCUGCUGAAGGUAGACGUGCAGGGAGAGAUCCGGCUCAAGAGCUUUCUUCCCAGUGGCUCUGAGAUGCGCAUUGGCCUGACAGAAGAGUUUUGUGUGGGGAAGUCAGAACUGAGAGGUUACGGCCCAGGAAUCCGGGUGGAUGAGGUCUCAUUUCACAGCUCAGUGCUCCUUGAGGAGUUUGAGUCUCAUCGAAUCCUCCGCUUGCAGCCCCCUCAGGGCGAGCUGACUGUGAUGCGGUACCAACUCUCAGACGACCUCCCCUCCCCACUCCCCUUCCGGCUCUUUCCCUCUGUGCAGUGGGACCGAGGCUCAGGCAGGCUCCAGGUUUACCUGAAGUUACGAUGUGACCUGCCCCCGAAGAGCCAAGCUCUCAACGUCAGGCUGCACCUUCCCCUGCCGCGAGGGGUGAUUAGCCUGUCUCAGGAGCUGAGCGGCCCUGAACAGAAGGCAGAGCUCGGGGAUGGAGCCCUCCACUGGGACCUGCCUCGGGUGCAAGGCGGCUCCCAGCUGUCAGGCCUUUUCCAGAUGGAUGUUCCAGGUCUCCCUGGGCCUUCUGGCCAAGGACCCUCCACCACGGCCCCUCCGCUGGGGCUGGGCCCCGCCAGCCUCUCUUUUGAACUUCCCCGGCACACAUGCUCUGGCCUCCAGGUGCGCUUCCUCAGGCUGGCGUUCAGACCCUGCGGCAAUGCCAACCCCCACAAGUGGGUGCGACAUCUGAGCCACAGUGAUGCCUACGUCAUUCGGAUCUGAGGCUCCCCAGACGAGGAUGCGGGCAGCAAAGGCAGUAGUCUGUGGAACCAGAGAAGGACGAUACUGUCUUUUCCACCCUUCCAGACCAUGGUCAUGGACCUGGAUGAAAUGUCCUGAGUCCUGAGAGUCCAGGAGACCAGUCCUAGUUGACAUAUUUGACCUUCCUGUGGUACCUGACACAGGAAAGGCCGGGGUGGAUCAGAAUUUACAAAUCAAACUUUUAUUCUGAGGAACUGGCUGUAUAAUAUCUAAAAGUAACAUGGAAGAAGCAAACCAUUA